UACUCCUUUAAGAAAAGAUUGAGGUGACAGGCCAAACCUUACUCCUUUAAGAAAAGCAAAUUCUAUCACCAAAAGAACAAACCCUAACCCAAGAAAUAGUUUUUGUUGUCAUUGUGAUGGAUAAGAUGGAUCUACAAAGAGAGUUUCACAUGACAGGAGGAGUAGGGAAAACUAGUUAUGCAAGAAACUCUUCCUUCCAGAAGAAAGCCUAUGAUCAGGCAAAACACAUAAUACUAAAGACACUGCAACAACUCUACAAAGAGACAAGACCCAAGAGUCUAGGAAUAGCUGACCUGGGAUGUUCUUCAGGACCGAAUACUCUUUCCACCAUUAGAGACAUCAUCAAAGCCGUCAUAGUUGCUCACCACCGUGAGACACCAAACGAGCCCUUGCCGGAAUUCAGUGUCUCCCUUAACGAUCUCCCCCGAAAUGACUUCAACUCUAUAUUCAAGUCCUUGCCUGACUUUCACAUAGAGCUCAAGAGAGAUACCAAGAAUGAUGAUUCCCCUUCAGUUUUCAUUGCAGCCUUCCCUGGAUCAUUUUAUGGAAGGCUAUUCCCUGAAAAUACCAUCCACUUCAUAUAUGCCUCUUUCAGCUUACACUGGCUUUCCAAGAUUCCUCCAGGUUUGUAUGACGAUCAAGGCAAGUCCAUAAACAAAGGGUGUGUUAACAUCUGCUCAUCGAGCCCUGAAGCUGUUUCCAAAGCUUACUACAGCCAGUUCAAGGAAGAUUUCUCCAUGUUCCUCCGGUCUCGAUCAAAAGAGGUGGUUGCUGCAGGCAGAAUGGUUCUCAUAAUACUCGGAAGAGAAGGUCCUGAACAUGUUGGUAGAGGAAACUCUUUCUUAUGGGAACUUCUCGCAGAAGCCAUAGCAGAUCUUGUCUCACAAAGAGAAAUUGAGGAAGAGAAGCUGGAUUCUUACGAGCUGCACUUUUACGCCCCAAGUGCUGCUGAGAUAGAAGGUGAAGUGAACAAAGAAGGGUCUUUCGAAUUAGAGAAGUUAGAUAUGUUGGAAGUAGACAUGGAGUGGGGCAACGAGGAUGGUAUCAGUUACGGCAAGGCGGUUGCAAAGACGAUAAGAGCGGUUCAAGAGUCAAUGCUUGCUUCACACUUCGGAGAAGAGAUUUUGGACAAGCUGUUUGAUACAUAUGGUAGAAUAAUUGACGAGGAGGUUGCUAAGGAAGACAUAAAACACAUCACAUUUUUUGUUGUCCUGAGAAGGAAGCUCUGAAACAUUGACAAUCGAAGAAGAGAGCCCUCCCUUUCCACGUAACCAAAGGGAGAUUACUAUUCAGACUUCCACUAAACGGCACCGUUAGACUGCACAUCAUCUAUAGUAAAACCAAAAAAAAAUUUAAACUUUUUUUAUAGUCAAACCAAAACUGUUUGACGUUUGGCUUUCAGGCUCGUCUAGUGUUUGCUUUUGAAACUUUUAGUGUUCCCAGAAACAUACAAUUUUGCUUCCAAUAUUUGUAUUCUUAUAAAUCAAAUGAAUGAAUCGAUAAUUAUAAUAUACAAAUAUCAUCACAAAUUUAAAGAUAUAAACUCAUUUGAACUAAACGAAGACUUAAAACUUUCUUGAUUUUCAUUUCCCAUAUAUUCAUUAUCUACUUGUAAUAAAUAACAGGAGCAUUAGAUCUAGCAUCCCACAUGCCACCUUCUUUCAAAUACUCAA